AUGCUCGGUGCUGAUAAAAAUACAUUGGAGAAAGAAAAGCGACAAGCAGUUCGGCGGCAGCAAGAAGAGUCUCGAAAAAUUCGAUUUAAAAGCAUGAUGGAAGUGCAAGAAGCGGUAGAACUCCAGUCUUCACCAAGUAGUGGAACGGAAUAUAUUGAACAUGCUGCGGAUAUUUCGUGUGCGCCUGAAUUUCUUGGUGAGCCUGGUCCAAGUGAAGCAAAGAAACGAAGAGGAAAGACACAAGUCAUUACCGAAAAACUUGUGGCAGUGUUAGACAAUUGCAAAAUAAGUGAUCGCGAUGCAGUGCGUGUAAUAAUGGCUACUGCAGAAGCUUUAAAUCACGAUUUAAAUGAAUUAGUAAUCAAUAGAUCGUCCAUACAACGCUGUCGACAUCGCCUUCGCGCAGAACGGACCAUAAAGUUGCGGGAAGCAUUCGAACAAAAUUUACCGUCAACGGUUACGGUUCAUUGGGACGGGAAAAUGUUGCCGUCCGGAAUAAAUGCGGAAAAUGUAGAGAGAUUGCCGAUUAUAAUUACAUACGGCAAGAAAGAAAAACUUUUAGGAGUUCCAGCAAUUCCUAACAGUAGCGGCAAGGAACAAGCUCUAGCAAUCUAUGGUUUGUUAGAAGAUUGGAACCUCAUAGACAGAGUACAAGCCCUGUGUUGUGACACCACAUCCUCAAAUACCGGACGAUUGCAAGGAGCUUGUGUUCUGUUGGAACAAUUAAUUGAACGCAUACAUAUAUUGUACCUUCCUUGCCGGCAUCAUAUUUAUGAAUUAAUUUUAAGAAGUGUACAAGAUCCGUAUGUUUAUGGAAAGCUCCAGGAUGUAAAAGAGAAAAUAAAUUUUUGUUUGUAUCAUUUGCGACAAAAGCAGCCGAGAGAUGAUUACAAAGAAUUUUUGGAGUUGAUAAUAAUUUUUCUUGGGGGAUCUCUGCCACGAGGAAAUACUUUUCACGUUCCUGGAGCUUUUCAUCAUGCUAGGUGGAUGGCUAAACUAACUUAUACAUUCAAGCCUGGAUGA